CGCGCACCGUAGAUAACCCGGAAACACAACCGAUGUCCCUGCAGGCUGCUGCUAGCUUACUGUACCUCACGUUUCCAUCGGUUUGGUUUGUUUUAAAAUAAAUCCUAAUCGUGUUUUCCUUUCACAGUCGGAAACUCUGCAUUUAAGUUAUUCAGAAGAUUUAAUUUGCCACCAUGUUCCUCACCCUCGUCCUGCUGCGGAAGGGUAUCCCUGGGAAGCAGUGGAUUGGAAAAUAUCGGCGUCCUCGGUCAAUUACUUGGCAGAUGAAACGCAAUACUUUGAAGCAUCUGGAGCGUGAGGCUGAGAACGAAUACUGGAUCAGUCGGCCGUACAUGACCCCGGAGCAAGAGCACUCCCACGCCGCAGAGCGGAGAGCCCAAGCCUGGCUUAAGAUCAAGGAAACCAGCUUUGCUAAUUUUCCUCAGCACAAGCACAUAACAGAUCACCUGAAUCAUCUGAGAAUCACUAAGACAUGGUCGAGUUAACAAAGGCAGUGGAACGACAUGCAAGGACUUUCUUUAUAAUGUCACAAUAUGCUGUGGAAAGUAAGAUUUGUUUUGCUAAUCUAUGUUUAGCAGAUCAUUGUGUAUAAGAUGAAAAUGUGGAUAGAGCUACUUGUUUAUGAUUCCAUCAUAAACAGGACUGUGAUUUCUCCACAACACAUCCUCAUAAAAUAAAACCUGUUUAACACAC